AUGGGAAUUAACGGACUCCACGGGCUACUAAAGUCCAUACAGAAACCAUGUCACAUCAAGAAGUUCAGUGGGCUAACCCUUGGCGUCGACGCAUAUGGAUGGCUGCACCGCGGUACAGUUGCCUGCUCCGCGGAUCUUGUCUUGGAGAACCCAACUAGGAAGCACCUCGAUUUCGUCCUUAAUCGUGUUCGGAUGCUUCUUUUCUUUGGAGUGAAACCAUACCUUGUGUUUGAUGGAGAUAACCUUCCCAGCAAGUCAGGCACCGAACAAGAUCGUUACCGUCGGCGUCAAGAAAGCAAGGCGCUUGGUCUUGAACUGCAACGAAAGGGACGCCUGCCCGAAGCCUACCAGGAAUUCCAGAAAGCCGUUGAUGUGACCCCGUACAUGGCCCGGCAAUUGAUUGAAGAAUUGAAGCAACUGAAUGUACAAUAUGUGGUGGCGCCGUACGAGGCAGAUGCACAGUUGGUCUACCUGGAACAGCAGGGCGACAUUGAUGGGAUCAUAUCAGAAGAUUCGGAUUUGCUUGUGUUUGGAGCGAAGCGACUGCUUUCAAAAUUGGACCAACACGGAGAAUGCAUUGAGAUCAACCGGGCCGACUUCAGUGCUUGUCGUGAGGUCAGCCUGGUUGGCUGGAGUGAUGCGGAUUUCAGGACCAUGUGCAUUUUGAGCGGCUGUGAUUAUUUGGCGAACAUUCCGAAGAUGGGACUGAAGACUGCUUACCGAACUGUUCGCAAGCACAGGAGCGCGGAAAAAGCCCUGCGCAUGCUUCAAUUCGAAGGCAAAUUCCGUGUCCCAGCCGACUACCUUGCCAACUUCAAGCAGGCUGAGUUGACAUUUCUCUACCAGCGGGUCUUUUGCGCCAAGGCCCAAAAGUUGUUGACGUUGACUCAGCCAGAAGAUGGCAUCAAUUUGGAUGAAUUGCCCUUUAUUGGUGGUGAAUACGAACCUGCAAUUGCAGUUGGCGUAUCUCGGGGCGAGUUGGAUCCUUCCACGAAGGAGCCAAUUGUGAUUAAGCCGUUGGCUGCUGGCAGGUUCUCUCAUGGCAUCAAUCGCCGGCAGACUCUGGGUACUUCAUCCGAGUUGAAGCCGCGCAAACCUAUCAAUAACUUCUUCACCCCGAAGAGAACACCCUUGGCUGAACUGGAUCCUAACAGUCUGACUCCGUCUCCCAGUCAACAGCGACUCCUUGAGCGCAACUCUAACAACUCUUGGCAGGCAAAUGCCGCACCUGUUCGCUCUAACUCAGUUCGCUCAACCCCUCUUCGGGCAUUCUCUGAUCAAGGACUCAGUCCCAUGAUCCGAAGCAUAGAGCGAUCCUCGUUCUUGGCGCAAAGCGCGAAAUCAUCAAGCUUGCAGCCCACCAAAAGGCAGAGGCUCUGCUCUGAAACUGAAGGGGACUCUCUGCCUGCCUGCUCCCCGGCUCGCAGUCGGUUUUUCGCCCCUACCUCCAAUCAAGAUAGUCCCAGUGGGGACAAACUGUUCAGAUCUAAGCGAUCUCGUCAAUCAGUGAUUGGGGUAUUUUCGGAUGAGGAUGCGGAGGACAUCAUGUCCAGCAUGCCUGAUCCUACUCAUACGCCUGGGCCGACCGAAUCAAAGCCUAACGGCAAUUUAGAAGUUCCUAGCCAGGGGGACGAAGUCGGAACACCAUCUGAAUCUACAACCAACAAACAGCCGGAAAAAGACUGCUCCGAGCCCACCCAGGCUGUGCCUGUCAAUUCCCCUGGCUUUGACCGGGCCCUGGAGUACCACGUCGACCGGCAAAACUCAGAUAUCGUUUCCAAGUUCACAUUUAGGUCGGAACCCAAGACCGACACAACGGGCACUCCGUUCAUGACGAAUAUCCCUACCAUCCAGCCCAGUCAGAGGCCUGAAACGCCUUCGACGCCCAAGACCCCAGCCUCGAUUUCACGAAAUAGCCCUGUUCAGCGACGCUUGACGCCGCUACAACGCAUGGGACAUAACGCCCUCACCCGAUCCCGUAGCCUCAACUUCCCCAGCAAGCUACGGGUCACUCACGCUGCACCUCCGAUCAAAGAGCGCUCUCCGGUUGCUCAGCGUUGCUCUUUUAUCGGCACCCAGGGCAGCGAGGAUCUCAUGGUUCCAGAUAGCGAUGAGGAGGAAGGUUCUGAGACGGAAUCAUCCGCAACUCCACUGGACCUCGCACGCUUUUCUUUUACAGCAACAAACUAA